AUGAGAGGAAAUGAAGCAAAGAGAGAUAUUAGAGUCUCACAAGGAGGUCUGUACCACUGCAGAGGACGGAGAGGAGAUCCAGCUUUCUCCUCUGAGGACAGCAAUGAAGUCACUGUGGAGGAAACGCUUCCCAUUAAGCCCACUGUGAUCCUGCAGCCAUCCUGGACUCAGAUAUUCAGCGGUGAGACAGUCACUGUCAGAUGUGAGAUUCAGGGAGGAACUCAGUGGACGUAUGAAUGGAUUCCAGCCAAGUUAAACACACCUCCAACAUCCAAUGAAUACAGAAUCAGCAGAGCUGCUGAGUCUGACAGUGGAGGAUACAGAUGCAGGGGCAGAAGGAACUAUUUGUUAACAUGGUGGAGUGAUACCAUCAGACUGACUGUAUCAUCUAAACCAAAGGCUGAACUGAGAACUGAUAACACAGCUGUUCCAGUAGGGGGCAGAGUGACCCUGACCUGCUCUGUGAACCCAUCAUCAUCAUCAUCAUCAUCAUCAUCAUCAGGAUGGAAAUACUACUGGUACAGAGAUGAGAAACACUCUGAACCUCUGACCACACAAGAUGCAGUUUUCCUCUCAAAUGGACAAAUCAGAGUCUCACAGGAAGGACUCUACAGGUGCAGAGGAGGAAGAGGAGACCCAGUUUACUACACAGAGUACAGUCAGUCAGUCAGGAUUGAAACAAUCGUUUAUUAAUAAUUAAUUGUUGUUUGUUAUACCUUGUCAGGAGCUGACAGCUCUUCAUCUCCGGUGUGGGUGAUUUUUGGACUUGUUUGUGGAGUCUCUCUCAUUCUUCUCCUGCUCUUCUUGUAUCGCCGUAGAAAGAUCAAGGAUUCAAGCUUCAUCAGGCCAUACAGUCAGGAGUCCACCACAGAUCAUGGAGUCAACCAGAAUGAAACUCAUGAACACAACGCUCUUCAUCCUGGUCAGUUUUUUAAGUGA